AGAGAGACGAACAGGGCACGCGAGAAGGCGAGUAGGAUGAACAUGGCAAUACCCAGAACGUCUGAGCGCUUUCAAUCCGAUCACAACACGCGUCUGACAUCGAUUUGGGCAUGGAUCACUCGCAGCAGAGACAGAGUCCAGAUGACUGACGUUACACCUAGGCUUUGGACAAAAUGAGGGUCAUCUACAUCCAGAACGCCGGCUUCGUCGCUGCUUUCUCGGGAGGCAAUGACGGUUGAGGUUUUUAGCUGUGACUUUGAGAUAUUGGCUGUAUUUCACGGUACAUUAUUAUAGGAUAUGCAGCGCCCUUAUUAAAAAAAAAAAAAGAAAACUGGCAGAUCAUGCCAGUUCACGCAAAACGAAAGAGAAAGAUAGCUCGAUGUAAUAUGUGUUGAGAAUUGAUGUAUUGUUUCGAAUGACAAUAGCGAGAGGUGCUGUAAGUGGCAUAGGCUACCUACCUGAAAGAAAUUUGUUUAACAUCAAACGUAGGCUAAAUGGUGCCACUGGCAACAUUGAGUCGCAUUCUUGGUUUUUGUCAUUGCUAGCUACUUAAAAUUAGACACUUAUAAUAUGCAAUGUAAAAUAUAUUUGACCGGUCAGUUUAUAGCCAACUCAUGAAAUAUACGUUCACUUUAUAAUGGUAUAGCCUAUUUAAUUCAUUAAUUAGUCGAGUGAUUUUUUUAAUUGUGAUAGCCGGCUAUGUAGAUUAGACUCCUUGGCUAAUAGAUAUAACAAAUGCGAGUGAUCCAUAGACAAUCUUAGAUUUUAGAUGUUAAUUAUAAUUAAUCAUUUCCUUGGUUAUUUAUUUAUUUAUUAAGACUAUUGCUAGGCCUCUUAGUAUUAUAUUAUCGAUAUUUGCCUAUAACGUUGGGGAAGAAUUAGUAUUAGCUUUCCUGAAAAUGGAAUCAGGUUGUGCAUCACCUCGAAGCGUCUCUCGCACUGAGGCUGAACCUGUUCGGUCCUCAAUGGCGAAAACCGGAGGGGACGAAUCGCCUGCAACAUCACCUGCCGGCCACCCGGUGCCAGAAACACCCACGGGUGACGGCAGGAGAAGUUCGGGCGUCAAGAAACAUCACCACAAACACAACCUGAAACAUCGUUACGAGUUGCUGGAGACUCUGGGAAGAGGGACAUAUGGCAAGGUGAAGAAAGCCAUUGAAAGACACUCCGGGCGAGAGGUGGCCAUCAAGUCCAUUAGGAAGGAGAAGAUCAAAGACGAGCAGGAUAUGGUGCACAUUCGCCGAGAGAUAGAGAUCAUGUCGUCCCUCCGUCAUCCACACAUCAUCUCUAUCUAUGAAGUGUUUGAGAACAAGGACAAGAUUGUAAUCGUGAUGGAGUAUGCCAGCAAAGGCGAGCUGUACGACUACAUCAGUGAGCGACGCAGGCUAAGUGAGCGGGAGACUCGACACUUCUUUCGACAGAUCGUCUCUGCCGUGCACUAUUGUCACAAGAAUGGAGUGGUGCACAGGGAUCUGAAACUGGAAAACGUGCUACUAGAUGAAAACUGUAACAUCAAAAUUGCUGAUUUCGGCCUUUCCAACUUAUAUCACAAGGACAAGCUCCUGCAGACAUUCUGUGGGAGCCCCCUGUAUGCUUCGCCGGAGAUAGUCAACGGGAGGCCCUAUCGUGGCCCAGAGGUGGACAGCUGGGCACUGGGUGUGCUGCUGUACACUCUGGUCUAUGGGACAAUGCCGUUUGAUGGAGGAGAUCACAGAAACUUGAUUCGCCAAAUCAGCAGCGGGGAAUACAGGGAGCCCACUCAGUCUUCAGACGCCCGCGGUCUGAUCCGCUGGAUGCUGAUGGUGAACCCUGAGCGGCGGGCGACGGUGGAGGACAUUGCCAACCACUGGUGGGUCAACUGGGGCUGGAAGAACAGCGUGUGCGACUGCGAGGCCCAGCGGGACGCCGGCUCUCCCAUGCUGGCCCGCUUCAUCGACUGGCAGAACCGCGCUGAGCCCCGGCCCACCAAAGCCACGCGCCCAGAACCGCUGCUGCUCGUCCGCCAGCGGCCCAAGAAGUCCAAGAAGGAGAAUGACGCGGGGGCGCCUCACUGUGGCGAGGAGGACAACCUGGAGCUGAAGCGACCCAAGGGGAUCCUGAAGACCAGGCCGUCAGACGAGCAGCACUCCCCUAGUCUGGAAGAGAUCGAUUUGGGACCUGCUGCCGGCGUUCCUAAAGGGGACUUGAUAACUGGUGCUAGAGAAGAGGAAGAGGAAGAGGAAGAGGGGCCUCCACUGAUGGGAAGUUCGCCCACCAAAGCAGUGCCUAGUCUCCCCAAGAAGGGCAUCCUGAAGAAUAACCAACAGCGUGAAUCAGGGUACUACUCCUCGCCAGAGCGCAGUGAGUCCUCCGAGUUGCUAGGGGGCAGCAUUACACCUCUCGUGGCCAGUUCGCCGCCGAAGAGGGCCGUGGGCAGAAAAGGAAUCUUGAAACGCAACGGCAAGUUCUCCACCUACAGUGCCAUGCCGUCCAUGAGCGUACUGGGCGAGCCGUCGUCCUCUGCUGACGCCGGCCUGUCCCGCAGCCAGAGUCGCCCGUCCAGCAUCGUGGGCGAAGACAGCGUCGUCCUCGCCAACAGCUCGUUCAGCGGAGCCGAGUGGCCGCCCUCCACCCCGAGGCCCAACAUCAGAGGCUGCGUGUCCGCUGAGAAUCUGCUUCAGCUGGCCAAUUUCCAGGGCCUCCAGGCGGCACCGCCUCUCCCUGGGGCCAAGUUCGGCCGUAGCCCCCAAAGCUCCCCGGGGGACAACGGCAGCUUCUCCCUGCUGGGCGACCUGGACGACAUGACUCAGGUAUACCAGCAAGCCCUAGACAUCAGCAGCAACCUGACCUAGAGGGGAGAUGAGAGAGAGAGAAGGUGAAAGUAAGAAAUAAAGAAGGAAAGAAGGGGGGUAUGAGAGGGUUGAUGGUACCAUCUGACUGUCAGUGUGGUGGCUAUGUGAAUGUCUUUGCGUGCUCUAUAAUGACGACCAGUGUGGUGCUGGGAAAUGCUUACUGGGAAUAAAGCGCUCCGCUGUGGGAUCCAAUCAUGCAGGAAGCUGUACUCACUAAGACAGACGCACACACACAUACUGUAAGUCUCAUAGACAGGAGAAGAGUAGGGGGAAGUGAAAUGUGGUACAAUGAGAGUGGCUCGCCCCAGUCUAUCUCCCUAGCUCAAGUGCUGCAGCCAAAUGUUUACAUGUUCAUUUGAAAAUCAAGAAGUAGAAUCACAAACACAAGACACCAUGCAGUGGUAGACUCUAAGAAACAGGGGGGUAAAACCGCUCGCUGAGCAGAGAGAGUCAAACUGAGUUUACAAAGGCACCUUAACACUCACCCAGAGCUCAUGUUUUUGUGAUCUUUGCUUCCUGUAAAUGAAAAAAAAAGAAAAGAAAAGAAAACAAACCAGGGUCUUGCUCCAAAAGAACUAUCAUUGUUAAUUAUUUAUUACUAUUUAGCGUAGAUGUAGUGAUACCAAACUGGUGUGGUCUGGCUCUACUGGAAGAGUGGAUGAGCUCAAUGUCUCCAAUCCCUUUGUAUGGAAUUGACAUAUAUGAUUAUUGUGUUAUUCAAUUAACUGACCUAGCGUAUUCGAUAUAUCUCGAAGACCGCAUAUGUAAUACAAGGGGUCACAUAUAUCACGCAUAUAUGUCCUUAAGCAUAUGUAUGGUUUGUAUGGGAACAUGUAGGAAGUGCCUUUUUUCAAUUCAUAUGAAAUUGUGUAUGUCAUUUCCUAAAAGUGGAGAGAGAAAUGCCAGGUUAAGCCAUCACCAGAUGCGCUCUUGUUGUGUUGAAUGUGGAAAAGACCCAGGACCUCAAGGCACCGAGCCUCUCGUAGGGAUGUCAAAGGUUACAGUGCCAAAUAGGAUCUGCAGCCCGUCUGUACAAAAGCCAUGUUGUCAUAGUCACCCGCUUCUCAAACCCACCUCACAGGCCACAUGGAUCUUGUGCCUUGUUUGUUUGUUUGUUUGUUUUGUUGUUUUCCCUGGACUCCCACUCUGGGCGGCCUCUUGACUGGACAUUCUGGACACACUCACCUUAGCCCAGCUUUACAAAGGUACAAGUCUCAGACGCACUCUCAGUUCCUAGGAAUGUUCUUUUUUUGGGGGGGGCAUAAUUUGCUUUUCUACUUUGUUUUGUCUGGAGGGCCCUGAAGUGGACCUUCUGGUUUAAAUCCCCCCCCUUUGUCUUUAGAGGAGCCAUUUUCAUACCGAUUGAUUGGUAGCUACAAGAGUGAGCAGGGUGAUUACAGCACAGGAAUUUGGGGGGGGGCUGCAUGAUGUUCAGUCUGUUAUUAUAACAUGUCUUAAGCAAACUUUGAAACUAGAUCUGUUUGAGAAAAUAAAAAAACAGAUACGCUGGGAUGGAGUGAUGAGAGGGCACAUUCCAGUCCAGACAUGUGGGCACAAGAGAUCUUAUCAGCGCUAGACUUUGUGGCUUUUUCAGUGUUUGUCACUAUUUCUUAUUAAGCAGGGCAAAACAUUUAGUUGAAUGUGCUUAUCAAUCAAAAAUGCUGUAGAUUUAAUUUUGUUUAUGUUUUGAAUCUUAGCAAGAGAAAUAGAGAGUAUGAGUGAAGUAGAAGUCAGAGGUGGAGAGAGAGAAAUGGGUAGAGCAUCAAGUUGGUGUAGACAGUAGAUGGGAAGAGAUUGUAUACUGUAGAUAGGUCAGAACUUGAAAGAUGUUGUUGUUGCCGUGGUUAGGCGGCAUAGGAAGGAAAGAUAAAUGUAAGUGUUAAUGAAAUGAGUACCAAAGGAAGGUAGAGACAUGAGACAAAGUAACAGAAUGUUUGCUAUGAAGCCAAAGAGGAAUGAAAGGUUUAUAUUCUUGUUCAUUUUGUAGCUUGUGAAUGUACAGUAUGUAGUGGUAGUUCCUCAGUUGAGUAGGAUUUAAGGAGCCUUAAGUUUUGAUGUUUUAGUUUGGAAAGCCACAGUUUGGGUGGUCAGCAGGAUGGGGAGGUCAGAGAUGUGUCCAGCUGGAUGGAUAUCUGUCACUCUUCGGGAGAUAGAUGAACCUCUACACACCAAACCAAACCAAAGCGCAAAGAGUCAAUGCCCAUUAAUGAGAGACUAGCCCUCGCUAGCCAUUACUGCCCACACAGCAGAGAACAAAUUCUCCAUGAGUGUGUCCUGGAAGUUUAGAGACACUGCUAUGAUGCUGGGUUCUGUUGAGAACAGUGGGGUGUAGAGAAAUGCAGUACCUGGAGUACCUUGAGAGAGCGCUCGUUUGGAAGGGUCUUGACCACCAAUAUGGCAAACCCUGAAAGAUGACAAAUGAAAACUCACUGUGCUCAUCCAAAGGUUGAAGUGUGUGACAGAGGUCCUGGGUAUUGUUCAAAAAGAAACACCUAUUGUGUAUCAUAUUAUUGUAUUGCAUUUUUUUGUAUUGUAUUGUAUUGUCAACUGGAUUUACAGUGAUGAAAUUAUACUAUGUUAGUAUUUUUAAAUACUUCUCUGUUUUUGAUUCUCCAAAAUAUAGAAUCUUUAUAUUGCUUUAUGUUAUGGCAGAACCCUGUAUGUGUUUGUAGAGUCUAGUUAGCAUCAGAGGCCCCUCCUUGCCCAUGUGGAAGAGUAGUGGCUGAAACCAUCUAGUGUUUGUCAGUGCAUGCACACCAUGUGCAAAAAGUGAAUGAGCAACUGCUCAAACAACAGUCCGGCGGACUGGUCAAAACCAGGGUUAAGGGGGCAGUAAGCCAUUUUGUUCUGCCCUUGUUAUCAUUUCAGUCUACUGACCUAUUUACCAUAGUACGGGGCCUCUUUAAAACGUACCUGCUUUGAAACACUCACGAUCAUCGUCACUAUGAGAUAUAUGAGCGAUGCUGGCCGUGUUGGCUGAGUCUUGGCACUGUUUAUCGUGAACACCACACUGACAUGCCAUGUCUACGACUACACAAGCUCACACUUAGUAUGAGAUACUGUACAUCUUCACUCUAACAGAGUCUUUUUAGAGCAACAUCGGGUCACAAAUGAGUAGACAGAUUCAUAGACAAUGCUUCUGCCAAACUGGAAAUAACUGGUGCAUACUCAUUAGUUAGCAGAUGGCCUAAUCAUAGGAAAACUUGACUGGAUAUUGUUAUGACAAUAAUUAUAGUAUUAUGUUAUUUAAGUAUUACUUUGUUAUGGUUCAUUACUAUUGUUGGCUAAAGCCACAAUUAUCUUCUUUUUUUUUUUUAAGUUUUUUUUUUCUUGUUGAAAACCUGGACUGCCAAGGUGAUUUGUGUUCAGUGCCUUUGCUAUCUUUUAUGAUCAUGAUCAUUAAUUUUUGAUAAGGAAAAAUAAAUACCAUUGUGUUUUUAUACGCCUAUUUAUUGGUGGGGAAGCCAUGUUGUUUGACUUAAUGCUACUUACCCAUGCCAUCCAUGCCCAAGCCAAGCCUGUACUCAAACAUUUGUAUUGACAUCAGUUGUGGUGACAGUAGAGAGCAUGUUUUUACUGUGUGUUUAGGAAAUUGAUGGUGGUAGUUUGUAGGUGACUGGGAGAUGGUAAAAGAUGUGUCUUCCUUUUAUGUUCAUUCAAAACCACUGUAACACCAACUUCAAUAAAAUGGAACAUUUCAGAGA